GAACCUGGUGAAUCCUUAACAUCCAAUUAGUGAAGGCAGUUUCCAACCCCUUCUUCUUUAUUCUGUCUCGGGACUUGUGAGGAACACAUUAGACUAAGAUGAUGCUCAUGCUGCUAACCAUAUUGUUAAUGCUUGCAUUAGUAGGGGUAGGAGUUGCUGUAGUAGAUACAUCUCUCCCUGGUUGCAUAGACACUUGUGGAAAUGUUACAAUUCCAUAUCCAUUUGGUGUAGGUAAAUCUAAAACCGGUGAGAACUGUUUCUUGGAGGAUGGGUUGAAUCUUACUUGCCAAAAUAAUUCUCUAUUUCAGGGAAAUACGCAAGUUUUAAACAUAUCCCUCCAAGGUCAAUUUGAUAUGAUGUUUUUUGUCUCCGAACUUUGCAAAGAUACCAAAAAUGGUGUAGCUAAUCAACCCUAUCUUAGCACUCCAGCUUUUACCAUUUCUAGCAAAGAAAACAAGUUCAUAAGUGUCGGUUGUGACACUAUUGGCUCUCUCAAUAGCUACCGCAAUGGUGUAGAAUAUUCAACUGGGUGCUUAACAAAGUGUGGUAGGUUCCCUUACGAUGUGGUAAACAAUGGAACAUGUUCGGGGAUAGGGUGUUGCCAAGUGGAUAUUCCUCUUGGCAUGAAUAAUAUCACUUUACAAACAAAUAGUUUUAACUCUUUGAACAUCACUGAUUGUAGUUAUUCCUUUAUUGCCAAACAAGGCUUCUAUGAGUUUAGCAUCGAUCAUUUAGAGAAACUGCCUUUUAAUGUGCUUCCUAUUGUUAUUGAUUGGACUGUUGGAAAUGAGAGAUGUGAAGCUUUCCGGAAUGGAUCACUCAAAAGUGCAUGCAUGAAUAAUAGUUAUUGUGAUGAUGUUGGAACUACUUAUGGAUAUAGAUGCAUAUGCAGAACAGGUUAUGACGGAAAUCCAUAUCAUCCAAAUGGUUGCCAAGACAUUAACGAAUGUAAGAUAAACAAUCAUACGUGUAUAAGUGAAGAUCAUUGCCGUAACACUGAUGGGUCUUUCGAGUGCUUUUGUCCUGAUGGACAAGUUGGAAAUGGAAAAAGCGAUGGAGGAUGUCGGCCAAUACAAGGGAAAAGUAAUCAAACCAAGUAUGCCGUUGGAGCAAGUGCAGGUUUUCUGGCACUGUUACUGAUUUCUUGGAUAUACAUAAUAUAUCAAAAAAGGAAUCUCAUUAAACAAAGAGAAAAAUUCUUUCGACAAAAUGGUGGUUUCAUUUUGCAACGACGACUGUCAACAAUGACAACAAAUCAAGACCCUUCCCAAACUGCACAAAUUUUCACAGCAGAAGAGCUAAAGAAAGCCACUAACAAUUAUGAUGAGGGCCUAAUCAUUGGCCAAGGAGGUUUUGGCACAGUUUUCAAAGGAAUCCUUGCAAAUAACAACGUUGUUGCGAUUAAGAAAUCUAAAGUUGUGGAUCAAAGCCAAGUUGAGCAAUUCAUUAAUGAGGUGAUUAUUCUGUCCCAAAUCAACCACAGGAAUGUCGUAAAACUCUUGGGUUGUUGUUUAGACAUUGAAGUCCCAUUAUUGGUCUAUGAGUUUGUUAAUAAUGGUAACCUUUAUGAUAAUUUACAAAAUGAAAACAAGGCAGGUAAUAUGCCUUGGGAGACUCGUCUAAGAAUAGCCAUAGAGGUAGCAGGUGCUCUAUCAUAUUUGCAUUCAGAUGCUUCCACAACUAUUAUUCAUAGAGAUGUCAAGAGCGCUAACAUUCUCUUGGAUGACACUUACACUUCAAAAGUGUCGGAUUUUGGAGCUUCAAAAUUGGUUCCCCUUGAUCAAGCAGAAUUAGCCACAAUGGUACAAGGAACUUUUGGUUACUUGGACCCAGAGUACAUGCAAACAAGUAAUUUAACUGAGAAGAGUGAUGUCUAUAGCUUUGGAGUAGUGCUUGUGGAGCUACUAACAGGACAAAAAGCUCAUUCAUUUCAAAGGCCAGAGGAGCAACAAAGUCUAGCUAUACACUUUCUCUCCAGCUUAAAAGAUAAUCGCUUGUUUCAAAUUGUUGAACUUAAUCUCUUGAGUGAAAAAACUAUGAAAGAGAUCAUGGAAGUUGCUAUUGUUGCAAGCAAGUGCUUAAAGCUUAGAGGGGAGGAGAGGCCUAGCAUGAAGGAAGUGGAAAUAGAGUUGAAAAGAAUAAGGGUAACCGAGAAGCACCCAUGGGGUAAUGUAAGCAUGAAUUUGGAGGAGUCUCAAUAUUUACUUCAUGAGACAUCGAGCAUUGAUGAGCAUGGCAAUAGUAGUAAGCUUGGAAAUUAUGGGUACGACAGCUUAAGGGACCAUGUACGCGUUGCCUUUGAUGUUGCACGUUGAUACUUAUGGCAUAAGAACAUUUUAAAUGAAUUUAGAAUAUAUUGGUUUGGUUUAGAGUGUCUAUCUUUGUAUGUACCUAUUUUAAGAUGGAGAUUCUCUUGCUCAAUGAAAUCAUUAGGAUUUUUUUUUUUUCAUUUUGUAAAUUUACAUAUCAAUGUUUUAUAAUGAUCUCUUAGGUC